AAACGCCGAUAUUGCCUUGUGACAUUAUAAAUGGCAAUGCUUGUGCUCAUAUUUCUCAUCUCCACUUCCGUUUCAUAAUUCCUUCAAAGAAAAUGGGUUGGCUUGCUCGCUUUCUCAGCUUCCUUUUAUUUCACUUGUAUUUUCAUGCUUCUUCUUCUCUAUCUUUUUCUUUCAAUUCCUCAUUUUCGGCAAUGUUGUGCCAACAUGACCAGAGUCUUGCCUUGCUCCAAUUCAAGAAAACCUUUUCCAUUAGAAGUGAUGCCUCUCCCUGGGAAUCGUAUUUCCCAUACCCCAAGCCUUAUCCCAAGACAGAGUCUUGGAAAGAGGGCACAGAUUGCUGCUCGUGGGAUGGGAUCACCUGUGACUUUGAAACUGGAGAAGCCUCUUCUGCAACUUGCAAGCUAAAAUCUCUUCAAAUUCUUGACUUGUCAAACAAUAGUUUGAACGGCUUCAUCCCACAGUGUUUGGGAAAUUUUAGCAAAAGUCUUUCAGUGUUGCAUUUGGGCAUGAACAAGUUUCAUGGAACCAUCCCUGAAACAUUUUCAGUAGGCAGCAGCUUGAGAUAUUUGAACUUCAAUGGCAAUCAAUUACAGAGGAAAAUCCCACUGUCCAUCUCCAAUUGUAGAAAUUUGGAAAUAUUAGAUCUUGGAAACAAUAAUAUAGAUGACUCAUUCCCGCAUUUUCUAGGAACUCUUUCGAAUCUGCAAAUUCUAAUUCUAAAAUCCAAUAAACUCCAUGGUUUGGUGAAAAGGCCCACUGCCAAUUAUUCGUUCUCAAAGCUACGAAUUUUUUAUCUCUCCAGUAACAUGUUUAGCGGACCUUUACCUGCAGAGUAUUUCAAUAAUUUCAAAGCAAUGGUGAACUCUGAUGUGAAAAUGGAAUACAUGGGGGAUCCAAAUAAUUCUUAUGAUUAUUCUGUGAGUCUGACACUCAAAGGAUUGGAGAUUGAGUUGGUGAAAAUCCAAACGCUUCUUACAACCAUUGAUUUGUCUGGUAAUAAAUUCACAGGAAAAAUCCCACAGUUGAUUGGAAAGCUUAAAUCACUUAAGCAACUCAACUUAUCUCACAAUCAACUCACAGGCAAUAUUCAACCAUCAUUGGGGAAUUUGAGCAAUUUGGAAUCACUAGACCUCUCUUCAAACCUUCUUGUUGGAAGGAUUCCAAUGCAAUUGGUAGAUUUGACAUUUCUACAAGUAUUUCGGGUUUCACAUAAUCGACUUAAAGGACCCAUACCUGAAGGAAAUCAAUUCAACACAUUCGACAACACUUCAUACGAAGGAAAUCUGGGAUUAUGUGGAUUUCCACUAGAAAAAUGCAACAGCAAGGAGAGCCAACAAUCAGCAGCAUCAAAAGAAGAUGAUUCUGAGUCUAAAAUCGGAUUUGGGUGGAAAGUUGUGUUGGCAGGGUAUGGAUGUGGGGUAAUAUUUGGUAUAGCAAUGGGAUAUGUUGUGUUUAAAACAAGAAAUCCUGCAUGGUUUGUGAGGAUGGUUGAAGGAUUUCAAAAGCCAAAAAGGUUCAAAAAUUAAGAUAGUUCAUACAAGAAAAACUUACUAAUGGAGUUAGCGUUUUCAGCCAAACAGAGAUGCAGUCUGAGAUGUAAUGUGCAGGAAGUCUAUGCAUAGCAAUAGCUGGAUCAGAAUAGCAGCUCUGGAGUGAGGGACAAAUCUGGAGUCAGAAUUAUGGAUUAAAGUUUCUGUUGUUACUUCUUUCUUUCUGUUGUUUUCGUGAUAAAUAAAGAUUUUCCACAAUUAUAUUCCUUGGGAAUUAUUGUGGAAACUCUGUAUAAUCUGAUGUUGUAAUGUUUAGACUGAGUUCCUUUCAAAAUUGGCCUAAUGUAUGGAAGUUUAUCAGUAA